CCCGUUUCUCCGAAGAGAACAUGAGCUGGUUGUCCAACUCGCUGCAGUUGGCGGGGGAACUCUUGGAGUCCGUGGACCAGAAGGCGUCAGGAAAGCUCAAGCAGCGUGGAGAGGAGCGAAAGAAACCAAAGCAGGUGUCUGAAGAAGGUAAGACUUGCCAUCAUAGGAAUCCAAGUGCAGAACGAUAUGUGCGUCGUGUCUAGCAUGGGAAGUGAAACACGUCAGUGGCGGGGGCUAUGUGGACACCGCUCAACAGCAACAGUUGCAAGUGUCCACUGAGUUCGACCCUCUCAGUCGCUCGAGCUCGUCUAUGCAACUCGCGGCGGCGGCAAGUCCAUCAAAUGGAGGUCCGGACGCAGAUGCAUUUUCAGAAUGGAGUGAAGUCGACACCGAGAGCAACAGUGGGCUCAUUAUGUUCGACGAGCCUCCGCUGUCAUCGUCGUCGUCGUCGAGGUCCCAUCCGUUGCCACCGCUUCCCGCCGACAUGCAAACAAUGAAGUCCGAAACGUUACGAUUGCGUCGAGAGAACUCGAAGCUGCGCAACGAUCUGUCGGCGGUGGAGCGUCAGUUGGCCAACUCCACCGAGCAGUUGGCGGUGUGCCAAGACGAACUGGAAGCGCUGGACAAGGAGUGCACGGACAAGAUCACGUCCCUCGAACGCCAAAUUGGGCAAUUGGGCUGCGAUAAGGCGGCAGACGAAGCGCACUUUGUCGCUGCCCUCGGUGUUAAAGAUGCCCAUGUACUCACUCUCGAAGGACAUUUGACGGCAUCCAAGCACGCCAUUCAAGCACACGUGGCCGAAAUCGCGACACUCAAGCAAUCGAUUGAAGACCUCACACACACAAAAGACCAAGCGUGGACCCACGCCGCGAGUGGGGAAGCGCAGCUGGAACAGCGCGUGGCGUCGCUGCUGGCCGAACUGACGGAAGCGUCGGCCGCGCAUGUGCAACUGAAGAAGGAGUAUGCUGACUCGAAGCAGUCCAUGUACGCGAGACAGUGUGCGCUGGAGGCAACCAACGCCGAAUUGACAACUCAAGUCGCCACCCUCCAACACGCAUCGACGGAACCCACGGUGUCGAGCCAAACGAAGAACAGACCUCUCCAGGAAGCCCAAGACAUGCUUGCAUCCACCAAGAAGCAGCUGCAUGAAGAAUGCCGCAAGGCCAUGCACCAGGCCCAGGAAAUUUCCAAGUUGACCGCUGAUAUGACAGCAUUGCAGGCCAUGCUGGUUCACAAGGAGGCGUCGCAUCAUGCGGCCGUCCUGAGUUUGCAGAAGGAGCUCCAUGAGGCUCGCACUGCUCGGCCGUCGGCAGGCACCGCGCCCGUGCUGACGACGACGACGGCGGCGGCGGCGGCGGUGCCAGAUGGCCAGAUGCAGGCCAUGACGCGGAGGUUGCUUGAAAAGCAGGAGCAACUGGAUGCGGUGCGCAGUCGCUACACGACACUCGAAGUCCGAUUCAACGACCUCAAAGCGGCCAAAGACGCCCAAGACAAGAACGACGAUUUGGAGCUCAACAUUCGAACGGGGAGGACCCCGCGAGGUGGACACCACGGCCUGCGACCUCGCCACGCCCCGCACAAGAUUGCAGCCGUGGAAGCGGCGGAUCGAUGGCUCUUGAGCGUGGGGCGGUUCCUACGGGCGUACCCGGAAGCCCGUCUGGGGCUUCUGGGGUAUCUCGUGCUGUUGCAUCUGUGGGCGUUUGUCAUCUUGGGGUUCCACACAAGCCACCUCAGCGACGAAGUGAAAGCAAAGGCCACUCCAUAAGUAGGACCAUGUAGGAACAUGAACGAGGUUGUGCA